AUCAAAAAGUAACGUGCGUGAUAGCAUGACAUUAGAUUUUAAUGAUGUGGCGUUACAUUACGGUUAAUUGGAUUUAUUGUAUUUAGAAAUUGAGGCCUUGCCAUAACCAGAUGACAUUAGGGUUUUGCAGGGAAAGACGUUCUCUUGCUUCUGCGGCGGCUGCAUCUGGUUUCUUGGUCUUCCUCUGUAGGUCAUGCGAGUGGAGGAGAUGGCAGUCGAGGAAGAUGACGAACAUCGAGAAACACGAUCUUGCCGCUGUUGAUGCGCCAGUAACUUGGAUGCGAUUUAGGGUUUCUUUGAUUUGGGAUUUUGUCUCCUCUUUGCAGGUUGACGUUGCUGGUGAGUUGCGCUGCGGCGGUUCGCGCGAAGGAGAUGACAGUGUAAACUGGGCUCGAUGGAAACGCGAAGGCGAUGAUGGAGGUUCGAAGAUGCGAACACGACUUCUCGCAGGAUGCGAACUCGAACUCAAUCGCGAUUGGGUUUUCGCUUGCAGGUACGGCGAAGAAGCAAGCUUCCAUGGUUGUGCGAGAUUGAUGACGGAGGUGCAGCGUCCAUGGAAUUUGGAUGAGAAUGAAGGCAACGACGCUUUGGCGGAGAGGCUUGCGUUUGACGGGAUCUGGCGACGAAGAUGGUUGCGCGUCAUGGUGGCGAUUUCGAUGGAGGGUUAGGGUUGCUGGACAUUGUGCGACUGUGGCUUGCGGUUGCUGGUGUGCGUGAUGCGUUGGAGAAUUGAGGGUCUCCCCCAAGCGUGAUAAAUGACAAUUGCGUAUUGGUGCAACAGACUUCAAUUUCUUACUCAAACACAUCUUUCUAAAACACAGAAUUCAAUUUCUUACUCAGACACAUCAAACAACUCUCAUUUCCAUUAAAUUUCUUACUCAGACACAUCAAACAACUCUCAUUUCCAUUAAAAUGGAAUAAAGGUAGAACAUAAGUACAAAACAUCUUCCACUCUCAUCAUCAUU